AUGUACCGUUCCGCUAAACAAACCGAUAGGCAACCGAAUGAUUUUGAGGACGACGAUAGCAGCGACUACGGCUCAGAAUUCACUCCGGACGAAGAAGAGCUGUUGAACGAACUGCUUGCACGCGUCGUCGCACCGGAACGCCAAAUUUCUACCACCACAACCGCCGCCGAAGAAACCACAACGACAUCCGAAUCCCAGCAACAGGAAUUAGCAAAAUUAUUGCUGGAUGAUUUACAACCCUUAUCCGAUCCACUAAUCGUCUCCGAUAUCGAGGAUUAUGAAGUUCCUCAUUCCGCCCGCGUCCCUAGGGUGCUGGGUCGGGAAGCAUGGAGUCCUGCGACCAAACGCGUGUGGCAGCAGAGGCAGCAGACAAGUGGUACAGCGCGGAGGUUAUGGUCUAGUCAGCCCCCGGUAUCUUCGGCAGCAGUCGACAUCCGCGCGCAGAUCGGUGAACGCGAGGGCUCUCCUGAAGGCAGACCACGAGAUCGAGAACGACAGCGAGAUAGAGAGAAAGAAUGGACGAACGCCGAAGGCAAAACAGAAGCCAAAUCCGAGCCGCAGACGGAGACCGCUUUGAACAACGGAAAUGAGGACGUGACGGCAGCAACCAGUGCUGAGGAAAAAUCACCGAUAGAACGAUUCCGCAAACCACCUAAUAAAGCCUUUUCGGUGUCUGAUUUGAUUUCUCCGGCUUGGUGCGAGUUGCAGUAUUGGUAUACAUUGACGAAACAUGGACGGAAACGAAGGACGCCGGCUAUGAUGCAGGGUACUGCGGUCCAUAAAGUCCUCGAAGAUGAAGUACACACCACCGUACCGGUCGAUAUAACUACAAAGGAAGAUGGAUGGGCAUUGAGGAUAUGGAAUGUGAUUCAGGGCCUUCGGACGCUUCGAACAUACGGAUUGGCGCGCGAGCUUGAGGUAUGGGGUCUUGUCGAAGGCGAGAUUGUCACGGGAAUCAUCGAUCAGCUUUCAUACAUCUGUCCAGACCCAAACUUGGAGGCAAGUGCUGCGCAACAUUAUGCGGAUGCUGAGGCGGCACGAGCUGCAUUGCCGGAGUAUCAGAUGUCGAUUUCGGAUUAUUUCAUGUCUUCCGGGGCCGGGAAGCCGUUGGAUGAGAUGUGGAAAGAGCCUGAGGAACCCGCGAAAGAGGUUGAUGACGAUUAUGGGACUGAUCUCGAUCGGUCGUACCUCGAUGUCCCGAGGAUAUAUAUUACAGACAUCAAAACUCGGGCGAGUCGCUCCGUGCCUACGGUCAAGAGUACCGGAUUUCGGCCAACGCAUCUGCAGUUGCAGCUAUACUACCACAUGCUUAAUCGAUCAGUGACCAGCGACGACAUCACAAUAGAAGCAAUCGCAAAAAGAUAUGACCUGGACCACCAGCGCCCAUUUUCCGACGCAUUUAUUGCUGAAGUCGGCGGACUCAAUGAGGAAUUCUACGAUGCUUCUUCUUCGCCGACAUCGAGCUUGGAUCCUGACUACGUGCCUGUAGGGAGCAGUCAGGAUUCCGUAAGCAUUCUGCUUUCGCAUAAUAAUCUACAUAGUCUGUGGGAUCUGAUGAAGAAACAUCUUCGAUAUACAUUCUUGCCCACAUCGCACAACCAGGAUAUAGCCCCGUCUAUCCCCGCUGCGGUCCAGCCAGCGUCCCUGGCGCUAUAUCCUACUGUUAUUUCUCCGGUGUUGACAGCGAAAUACCUGUCGUCUACAAAGACAUCGGAAGAUGGUGUGCCCGACGAACUCGGUAGCCGCUCAUUUCUGUUCGAUCCUUCAGAUCUGACGUCGUAUACAUCCGACCAAUUGAGUUGGUGGCGAGGUAACCGCGCGCCGCGAGGGGUUGAGGUGUUUGAUGCAUGGAAGUGUCGGAUAUGCGAUUUUCGAGAGGAAUGCGAUUGGCGUAUAUCGAAGGAAUAUGAAUUUGCGACGAGGCGGAGGAGGUUGUCCAAGGCUGCGAUGGAAAUGCUUGGGCCGGUUUGA